UCAGGUGUGCGGGCUCAGCUGUGCCACAGCCGCUGGCCGGACAGAUCCGCGUCGGGAGCCGCAGCCGGGGAAACGCGCAGGGGGUUUUUGGCUGAAGGGGAAGGUGCUGCUGAGACCAUGAUGUCCCUGGGUGUUGCCAAAGGAGGGCUGAUCCCGCCCUCGGACGAGGAUCGCCGCAGGAUCAUCCGGCAGAUGAAGGUUCGCACCACCCUGCGGGGGGACAAGAGCUGGAUCCAGCACCACAACUCCGACUCGGACGAGGAGAAGAGCAGCCCCCUGUCUGGACAGGCUGGUGGUGGAUCCACAGCCCCCAAAGCUGCGGCUCCCCAGCAGGACAGGUGCUCUGUCCCCAAGGCCCAGCCCGGAUACCUCAUCAGGGGGGUUUUCACCAGGACCAUCGACAAGAGCUCGUCCGUGCCAGAUUCUUCACCUUCCAGCCAAGCACAGAAAAACACUGCCCUGAAGGGCCAGAGCCACUCCCCCUCGGGCUACAGGAUGACCACGGAGGACUACAAGAAACUAGCUCCGUACAACGUCCGGCAGAAAUCCGUGGAUGCGGACGAGGAGGACGCGCCUUUUUCCCCGGACGAGCACAAGAAGAGGACUGAGGCUGCCAACAGCGUCCUGCGGCGCUCGGCCGGCCGGGAGCGCGCCUACGUCCUGUCCGCCGCCAAGAAGAGCAACGGGAGCCCAACUCAGGAAUUCCCAGCCCUGUUUGCCAAGAGGAUUGAGAUAGAAGAGGAGGAAGGACAGCAGAGGAGGAGCCCGACUGUGCCGGCUCCAUCCAGCUUUGCUCCGGACAGCAGCAGUGCUAAUGGGCUAAGAAAAACCAGCCCUGGAUCUUCCUGGGAUGAGCCAAAGGCAGCAGCAGCAGCGUCUCCCUCCAGCCCCAAACCAGGCAGCAGGAGCCAAACAUCCCCAUCCCUGAGUGACACCUCGGGGAAAAUCUCCACUUCUGCUGAAGUCAGGAAUGGUGAGGACAGACAGGCCCUGGAUGGGAAACUCUCCGUGGGAACGGUGUCCCAGCGUGGGGAUGGUGACAAAGCUCCGAAGGAAAAGCCUGAGAGGUUCCCAUGGGAUGAAGGAACCCCCAGAGCCACGAAUGGAAGAUUUCCUGAGCACACAGAAGCCAAUAAUGGGUUUUACCCACCAGAGUGCAGCUCUGGUUCCUGGGACAGAGCUGGGGAUGCUCCGGAGAAGCUGCUCCGUCCAUCCGAGCCCUCCCUGGGUGACACCAGGUCACCCUUGCAGUCUGAUGUCCCUUUUCGUCCCACUGAGAGAACCCCUGUGCACAUCGAGGACACAGAAUAUUCCUUUAAAAGGUCUGUCCUGGGCUAUGAGGAGAGGAGCAGCUCCACGAAUCCUGAGGGCCCAUCCCACCACCAGCCCUACUGGGAUGAGACAAGGUUCCUGCACUCAUCCAGCCUCAGUGAGAGGGGCCAAGGAGCUCCUGGCCAUGACGCCCCCCCAGAGCCCCCCAGGCUGAAGGAUCCCACUGAGCCCAGCAGGGCCGGGUCUGAGCUGUGCUCCCAGGACACUGCUGGCAGCAGGGACAGGGAUGUGGGAAUGUCAUCCUGCGUGCAGAGGGAGGAAACCACGGCAGGAAGGUUGAGCUCUGUUCCUGCAGGAAGCAGCGUCCCAGCUCCAGAGAUUCCACAUGGCAACGAGUCUGAGCCACGCAGGGACAGGAUCACUCUGGACUAUGAGGGACAACCCAGUGCCAGCACAGACAGCCCCCGUGAGAGCCUGGGGGACUGGAGGCACAGCGAGCCCACCCCGGGGCCAGCCAGCAGGUCUGAGUUCAGCUCCCAGGAGAGCGUUCCUGGUUCCCAGGAGUCCCAGCCCCCCGUGUCCCUGUUCCAGGACUGCCAGUCCUUCGGAGGCUCCGUGCCCAGCCACAGGAUUCCAGGCUACGUGGACAGCCAGAUGCUCAGCACCAGGAGGCCCAGCCCCGAUCCCAGAGGGAGCGCUUUUCCCGGGAGCAGCAGCCCCAGGAGCAGCUGGUAUGACGGUGCCAGGGGGCACGGGGACUUCAGCCCCCCUGCAGGACGCCACGAGUCCCUUCCCAGGGAUCCCACCAUGUCCAUGUCCCAGAGAAGCCACAGGGUGCCGUUCUACAUGGACAGCUUAAACUGUAACAGCACCAGGCUCCUCUCCAGUUCCAGUGAGAGGCUCUGCAGCUCCCACCACAGCUCUGGGUACCAGCCUGACUCCAGCACUGCCGGGAGAGGGAUCCUCUUUGUCAAGGAGUACGUGAACACGGGCGGCUUUGCAGCCUCGCCGCGCCACGGCAGCCUUGUGGAUUUGAGUGACCUGGAGAGAAGCAGCUACAGCCACCACAGUUACCUGUCCAGUGCUCCCCUGCACAGGUCCAGUGAGCCCCUGUGCAGUUACUGCAGCCGGGAGAUCCGAGACUGCCCCAAGAUCAUCAUCGAGCACCUGAACAUCCACUGCCACGAGUACUGCUUCAGGUGUGGAAUUUGCCACAAAGCGAUGGGAGAGCUCCUGGAUAAAAUAUUCAUCCACCGGGACAUUGUCCACUGUGACAAGUGCUACGAGAAGCUCUUCUAGGGCCCCGCGGGGCUGGGGAUGCUCUCCUGGGAUCACCGCCGCUCCUGCCUGCCUGAGACUGCAGAAUUCAUUCCUGCUCCCGCUUCCCUGCGGUCCUUUCCCCUCUCGCCGCCCCCUGGCCGUGGAUGAGUUCAGCACCUGCUGGCUGAUGCUGUCACCUGCACAAGUGCGAUGGGAACGAGAUAAGGCAGGCUCCUCCUCAGAGAUAACAUUUCCCAGAGGUGCUGAGCC